GGCCCUCACAACGUUUGCCGCGUCCUCGCCCGCAGGGCCCACGGCUUCUAUGCCAGGGAUGCUGGUGUCGCCCACAGGAAAAACCUGGGACUCCUCAGGAAGAUCAUGUGUCAGGAAAGUACUAAAUUCAAGAACGUUUGGACAACUCAUUCUGCAUCUCCUAUUGCGUAUGAAAGAGGAAGAAUAUACAUGGACAAUUACCAGUGCUGUAUUAGCAGCAUUGCACAAGCCCCAAGAAUACUUUAUCAAAAGUCAAAGUGUGCUAAGUCAGAAAAAAUAGAAGAUGCUUUAUUAUUGGAAUGCCCACUGGGGGAAAUGUUACCAAGUCCCUCAGAUUAUAAAGCUUCCCUGAUAGUCUUGACGGUGCAGAACUGGCUUCUACGUCUCUCUGCUGAUAGUGGAGAAGUACUGGAAAAAAUAUACCUUGCUGGUUCCUGUUGCAAGUCCUUCAGGUAUCUGAGCUGGGAUACUCCUCAAGAGGUAAUGGUUGUAAAGACAAUUCAGAAUAAGCUCCCUGCAGCAGCACGGCAGGCAGGAAUACAACAGUCUGUAUUGUUUUAUCUUGCUGUAUUCCAAGUUUUACCUCUUUCUUUUAUUGGAAUGCUAGAAAUAAACAAAAAGAUAUUUGGUAAUAGUGUGACAGAUGUUGCUGUUUCUAAUGGAAUCCUGAUUGUAAUGUAUAGCGUGGGUCUGGUCAGACUCUAUAACUUCAAGGCCAUUUUGGAACAGUUCAUGGAACAGCCAUUUGAUUUGGGACAAGAAUUCAACUGGAAUGGUCAGGUGGGAGUUGUAGGAAAGUAUCCAUUUGGUCUUCCAUGUAACAUUAAAAUAACAGAUACCCCACCUUUGCUAUUUGAAGCAUCUUCUCUGGAGAAUGCAUUUCAAAUUGGAGGUUACCCUUGGCAUUAUAUCAUCACACCUAACAAGAAAAAACAUAAAGGAGUCUUCCAUAUUUGUUCUCUGAAAGACAAUACUUUGGCAAAAAAUGGCAUACAGGAUAUGAAAUGCUGUUCACUUGAACCUGACUGGAUAUAUUUCCAUCCAGAUAUGUCAGGUAGAAUAAUCCACGUGGGACCAAAUUUGAUAAAAGUCUUGAAGCUUAAGGAAGUUAAAAAUCGUACAGAUCAAAUGGAGAUUGCAGAAGAUUUUACGAUUGUAGCCAACAGAGAAAACUGUGUGAACAACACUGUUACUGUAACAGCUUCUGGUCGAGUGGUGAAAAAGCGUUUUAACUUGCUGGAUGAUGACCCAGAACAAGAGACAUUCAAAAUCGUGGAUUAUGAAGAUGAACUGGAUUUAUUAUCCACUGUGGCAGUUACUCAGAUAGGAGCUGAUGGAAGAGCUCACCUUGAUUUUCAUUGUAAUGAACAUGGGAUUCUCCUUAAGAGUAUUCCAUUCCGGGAGUCCUGGGAUGUGACUUACAGUCAUGAAGUUUACUUCGACAAAGACCUUGUAUUACAUAUAGAACAGAAGCCUAACAGGAGAUUCAGUUGUUAUGUUUACCAAAUGGUCUGUGAUACUGCAAAAGAUGAUUAAUGUUCAAGUCAUGAAAAAACAGAAAGUGUUUUGUAAAAAAGGAGGGAGAACUUUUGAAUAUAUUUAAACCAUAACAACUACAGAGACUUCAGUGUGGAUGUUAUUUAAGGACUCCAUACAUAGAAAGUAGUCAGCUACUGUUUUUCUGGCAGGAUUUAAUCGUAACAUUUUGUACUGCUACAAGAGGUUUGGGUUUUUUUUUUCUUUGUAACACUGUACACUUGCCUGUAGUUCAUAAUGGCUCUUCAUGUAUUCACCAGUUCAUUAAUGCUAGGUGCAGCAUUUAUUGCUUCUCUUCAGCAAUAGGAUUGAAAUACUGGACAUCAAGGAGAAAGAUGUGGACUUAUUGAUUAUCUGCCAUCUGCCGUGAUCUGUCUUACAUAGUUUUACCUAUGCAACUCUAAUAUAGACUUUCAAUUAAACAAAGUAUAUAAAACUGUCUAGGAUAAAUUUUAUAUGUAGCAUGAAAAUUGCAGUGUUACCAUUAAACCACUUAGACAAAAACCUUCUCUUGCUUUUGUGUGAGAAAUAAAAUCACGCAGGUUUUCUGGUUGUGUAUGUGUUGGUUUAAAGAGAAAUAUUAAUCAAUUAUGUAUUUUACUAUCUUUUUAAUAUGUAUUUUUACAGAUACAUAUAGCAGUUCUCUGUUUCUCCCUGUGCCAAGGGUCAGGAGUUGUCAGGAGUCUGAGCCAAAGCUCCCAGCUGCUCACCCUGAUCACUGUGUGCAUCCUGCCUGAUGCAUGGGAGUGCCAUGUGGUAUAUUCAGAAUCUGCAGAGUGUGGGCUUUCAUUUUAAAUUAAAAAGCACCCACAACAAAACUCAGGCUGUAACUUCAUGGUGAUAAAGAGUGUUUCCAAAUGCAAGCCAAAGAUGGGCUCAGGAGAACAAUAGCUCUUGGAGGGCAUGACCAACAUCUAAUUUCUCACUACUCCACCAUCAUCAUGACUGUGGUAAUUCUAAAUGGAAAUAUUCUUUUUACUCAAAGCUUUACUAAUCAAGCAUGGAUCAUUCUAGAAGAUGCAAUAGGGAAGAGCUCUAGAAGAAUGAUAAAAAUUUUCUAUUUUGAGUUUUUAGAAAAAGUGUAAUGCAAGAGAAGAAGUGAACUACAAUUGUGGAAUGAAAGAACAACACAAAAUGGACAUUUAUGAAGGUAAUGAAACAGCAGUAGUAAUAAAGGGCAGCAGCAACACAUAAUUUCCACCCUGGCUUCUGUAAAUUUUCGCUUAGUGUCCAGGAAAGAACACCUGUCCAUUACCUGCUAUUUUAUAAGUAACUACAUAACUAAUAUAUGAAGGUAAUGAGUCUAUAAGGCAGAAGACCCAAAUCUCAAGCAGUUACUUAAGAUGCAUUUUAUGCUCAUUUCUGUUUGGGUUAUUGAAGCAGUUCCUCCUAGAAAAAGACAUUUAAACUUCAUUGUUUAUUAAAUACUGCAAGUGCUAUUCAUGUAGAUCGGCUCUAGCUUUCAAGGGUUUGCUAUACUUCCCAGUGGCUUAUUCUUAAAUUAGUACAGACUUCUGAAUUGAUAUUCUGGUAAAUCUAUAAAUGUACAUCAGUAUCCAAAAAUGCAGCAAUUUGUAAUGACCAAAAGGUAGCCCAGACUUUGAUGAAGAUUGUGGGAUCUCAGGUAAGAAAUUCUAUCACUCUAAACACUCGCCGUGUUGCUGCACUGCGGAUAAUGGCAGAUGUUCCAUCCUGGAAGAUCACACAUAGACAUUUUCAUUCAGAAACAGUAGUAUUUUGCUUUAAAACACCUUGAAAGCUAUUUAAGAAUAAAGAAUCCCCAGUAAUUAGGCCUGAGCACUUCUGUCUUCAGACCCUACUUACUAAUGGGCUGGAACACACCAAAGAAACAGAAUCAAGCUGUGAGUUGCCUUCUGUACCUAUGCAGAGACCCAGAAAAUUCUAAAAAUAAACUUCUGUUUAAAUGGGAGGAAAAUCCUGACCACAACCCAGUAGUUUUUUACACUGUUAAAAAAAUAACUGUAUCUAAACCAAAUAAAAAUACCUGCAUGCUUGGUGGCAGCUCACUUGAAUCAGCUGCUUUUACUUGAAGUUACAUUUUUAAACUCGUCCACCAGUAAAAACCUACUUUGCCAGGAGACUUCAUAUGUAGGCAUUUUUUGGUCACUGUUGCUGGCAGAAGUGUACUAUUGUGCAGUGUCAAAUUGAUAAUUUGAAUUAAUGCAUUAGAUCUGACUUGUAGACCUAUAUUUUGAUGUCCAUUUAUGAUGAUUCUAGAGCACUUAGGUUUCUCUUUUUCAUAAUGUAAAUUAUAUGCUUGGAAAUCUCCUACACAAUCUGAAUAAUUCAGUGUGCUAAAGAGUAACAGUGUUUGUAAAGUGGAAAAGUUCUGAGGAAACCCAUGUGGUUUCCAUUACAGAGGAAAAAAUAUUCUUGUGCACAUGCCCAGCAUAAUUAUCUGCAAACACCAAAAUGUGACAUUAGUAUAAGAAAAGAGGGGGAAAAAAAGCUUUGAAAAAACAGAAGUAACUUUUUCAAAUGUAGUUUUAUUUCCCAUUUCUAAAUUCAGAAAUUAACAUUAAUAAAAUAGAGAAGACAAAAAUUUUCUUCUCAUAGGCAGUAGCUUAAUGAUCAAGAAACCCAUUUACUGAUAGUUUUUUGUUUGACAAAAGUCAGACUAAGGAACUAUUGGCAUGAAAUUGUGAGUUCCCUUACUUCCUGGGUAUUUCAGAGGGUGCUUAGCACUCAUGCCAUGGCUUCCAGAGUCUGCAGAUAAAGCCUCAAUUAAUUAUUUCAAAUGCAAUCUCAAGUGUAUAUUUAAUAAAAGAUCAAAGCUGAAAAGUUCAUGCUUCUAUUAUUUUCACUAGCACUAGAUGCGCAAGGAGAAGAUUAUAUAUACGUAUAUAGAGAGAUGUAAAUAUAUAUGUGAAAUGUUAAUGUGAAUAAAGACUCAAAUGUGUAUUUCAAA